CUGGCGCGCGGCGGGGCUCCCGGAUGUGUCACCUUAUCGCGCUGCAGCCGAGAUGCCCGGGGAGAGGGGCCCUCCACACCCCCUCCGUGGGUGUGUGGAUGGUACAGCAUGGACGAUUUUGCCCUGGGAGAUUUCACUGUAGCAGAUGAUGCCUUGUUAGAAGAUUGCCCUUAUGUGGAUGAUUGUGUCUUUGCUCCUGAAUUUAUGUCCAAUGAUUAUGUUCGUGUGACACAACUUUACUGCGAUGGGGUGGGUAUGCAGUAUAAAGAUUUUACUCAAAGUGAGAGAAACUUAGAAUUUGACAUCUGCAAUAUGUGGUGUAGUAAACCAGUUUCUGUCCUGCAAGAUUACUGUGAUGCCAUUAAAAUAUACAUCUUCUGGCCACUUCUGUUUCAACGUCAGCACAGUUCUAUAAUAUCACGGUUGCACCCCUGUGUGGAGGCUGCCAAUUCUCAUGCUUCUGAGAUAAGUUUGAAGAAAUUACAACAUCUGGAAUUGAUGGAAGAUAUUGUGGAUUUGGCAAAGAAAGUUGUGAAUGAUUCAUUCUUUAUCGGAGGCUUACUGAGAAUUGGUUAUAAAAUAGAAAAUAAAAUCUUGGCAAUGGAGGAAGCUUUGAAUUGGGUGAAAUACACAGGUGAUGUAACAAUUCUACCUAAAUUAGGAGCAGUUGACAAUUGUUGGCCUAUGUUAAGUAUUUUCUUUACUGAAUACAAGUAUCACAUAACUAAAGUUGUAACAGAAAACUGCAAUUUGCUUGAAGAAUUUAAAACUCAAAAUUGUGCGGAAUGUAUAGAGCAAGGAGAGCUAAUGAAAAUGAAAGGAAAUGAAGAGUUUUCAAAAGAAAGAUUUGAUAUAGCUAUUAUCUAUUACACCAGAGCCAUUGAAUAUAGACCUGAAAAUCAUCUUCUUUAUGGUAACCGAGCUCUUUGUUUUCUUCGCACCGGACAGUUUAGAAAUGCACUUGGUGAUGGAAAGAGAGCCAUUAUCCUGAAGAGCAAUUGGACAAAGGGUCAUUAUCGUUAUUGUGCUGCUCUUUCUAUGCUGGGGGAAUAUGACUGGGCCCUACAAGCAAACAUAAAAGCUCAAAAACUCUGUAAAAAUGACCCUGAGGGAAUCAAGGAUCUAAUUCAGCAGCAUGUAAAGUUACAAAAACAAAUAGAAGACCUGCAAGGUCGAACACCAACUAGAAAUCCAAUUAAAGCCUUCUAUGAAAGCAGGGCCUAUAUACCCAGUUUAUCAGCACCUGCGUUUAGUACUUCACUUAACUUUGUGGAAACCGAAAAAGAUUGCAGAAAAACUAACCACGAAAUGGCAAACGGUGGUAAUCAGAAUCUAAAGGUGGUAGAUGAAGCUUUGAAGGUAGAUGAUUGUGACUGUCAUCCUGAAUUUCUACCACCAUCAGGUCAGCCUCCAAAAUACAAAGGAAAACAAAAAUCUCGAAACAAUGAAUUGGAGAAGUUCAGUUCUAGUUCACAAGGGAGUUUACCAGUAGAUUUGAAGAACAUCUUGGAAAAACAGUUUUCUAAAUCUUCCAGAGCUGCACACCAGGAUUUUGCUAAUAUAAUGAAGAUGCUGAGGAGCCUGAUCCAGGAUGGUUACACGGCUCUGUUGGAGCAGCGCUGCCGAAGCGCUGCGCAGGCCUUCACGGAGCUGCUCAACGGUUUAGAUCCUCAAAAAAUAAAGCAAUUGAACCUGGCCAUGAUUAACUAUGUCUUAGUAGUCUAUGGACUUGCUAUUUCUCUCCUUGGAAUAGGACAGCCUGAGAUGCUGUUAGAGAAAUUUAUUGAAGAAUGCAGGUUCCCUCCAGUGCCAGAUGCCAUUUGUUGCUAUCAGAAGUGCCGUGGAUAUUCCAAAAUCCAGAUAUAUAUAACUGAUCCAGACUUCAAGGGUUUUAUACGAAUCAGCUGCUGCCAAUACUGUAAAAUAGAAUUUCACAUGAACUGUUGGAAGAAGUUGAAAACAACAACUUUUAAUGAUAAAAUUGACAAGGAUUUUCUACAAGGAAUUUGUCUUACCCCUGACUGUGAAGGAAUCAUUUCUAAGAUUAUCAUUUUCAGCAGUGGUGGUCAAGUUAAAUGUGAAUUUGAACACAAGGUCAUAAAAGAAAAGGUUCCUCCAAGACCUAUUCUGAAACAGAAAUGUUCUAGCCUAGAGAAGCUAAGACUGAAAGAAGACAAAAAAUUGAAGAGAAAGAUCCAAAAAAAGGAAGCAAAAAAAUUAGCACAAGAAAGAAUGGAAGAGGACUUAAGGGAAAGUAAUCCACCCAAAACUGAAGAGCAGAAAGAAACUGUAGACAAUGUUCAGAGUUGCCAGUUCCUUGAUGACAGAAUUCUGCAGUGCAUAAAGCAGUAUGCUGACAAGAUAAAAUCUGGUAUUCUGAACACUUCCAAGCUUCUCAAAGAAUUGCUUUCUUGGAAGGUUUUAAGCACAGAAGACUACACAACCUGUUUUUCUAGCAGAAAUUUUCUAAAUGAAGCAGUGGACUAUGUCAUUCGUCACUUGAUUCAAGAAAAGAAUAGAGUAAAGACCAGGAUAUUUCUGCAUGUUUUGAGCGAGCUUAAAGAAGUGGAGCCAAAAUUAGCCGCCUGGAUCCAGAAACUUAACAGCUUCGGUUUAGAUGCCACAGGACCUUUUUUUUCUUGUUAUGGAGCGUCUCUUAAGGAGCUUGAUUUUAGCAUCAUGACUUUUCUCUGGAAUGAGAAAUAUGGUCAUAAACUAGCCUCUAUAGAGGGAAAGCAACUUGAUUACUUCUGUGAGCCAACAUCACUGAAGGAAGCGCGGUGUUUAAUAUGGCUGCUAGAAGAGCACAGAGACAAGUUCCCCGCACUGCAUAAUGCUCUAGAUGAGUUCUUUGACAUAAUGGACAGCCGCUGUACUGUAUUAAGGAAACAAGACAGUGGCGAUGUGCCGUUUAAUUCUGCUAAGAUAAAAAAUAAAGGCAAGAAAAAGAAGCCAAAAGAUUCAAAGCCUAUGUUAGUGGGGUCUGGAACAGCUUCAGUAACAAAUAAUGAGACUAUCACUUCAGGUGAAGACCAUAACAGACGCAAUUCAAAUUCUGCAGGCCCAUUUGUGGUACCUGACCACCUUCGGCAAGAUGUAGAAGAAUUUGAAGCUAUCUAUGAGCAGCACAGUAGUGAAUAUGUUGUCCGUAAUAAGAAGCUGUGGGACAUUAACCCAAAACAAAAGUGUUCAACUCUGUAUGAUUAUUUCUCUCAGUUGUUGGAGGAGCAUGGUCCGUUGGACAUGAGUAAUAAAAUGUUCUCUGAAGAAUAUGAAUUCUUCCCAGAAGAAACUCGACAGAUACUAGAAAAAGCUGGAGGUUUGAAAUCUUUUCUCCUGGGAUGUCCUCGUUUUGUUGUGAUUGACAACUGUAUUGCAUUGAAGAAAGUUGCAUUGCGGCUCAAGAAGAAGAGAAAGAAGAAAAACAUUAAGACAAAAGUGGAAGAAAUUUCAAAAACAGGGGAGUAUUUACGAGUUAAACUACCACUGAAUCCAUCCGCUAGGGAAUUUAAACCAGAUGUAAAAUCCAAACCAGUGUCUGAUUUAUCUUCAGCAGCAGCUUCUGAGGAUGUGAAGCCCAAACCUAUAGCUGCAAAUUCUCCCAAACCAACCUGUGAGGCUGUGAAGCCAAAACCAGUGUCUGAUAAUUCUUCUAGACCAGUUUCUGAGAAUGAGAAACCCAAAGAGGUCUCUUCUGAUCCCCCCAAACCAGUAUCCGAGGAUGCAGGUCACAAGGGAGUGUCCUCUAAUUCUCCCAAACCAGCUUCUGAGGAUGUGAAACCAACCUCCUGGACUCAACCCCAUUUGGUCACAGGAUACUGUACAUACCUCCCCUUUCGGGGGUUUGACGUUACCCAGACACCACCAACAUAUAUGAAUGUGUUGCCGAGUUUGCCCCAGUACACUGACAUUUAUACAUCUCUGGCCAGCGUUUCUUCUGAGUAUCAGCUGCAAAGAUCAGUACCGCUGGUACCAUCUGUUACAGCCAGUGACGGACCCGGUGAAAGUGCUGCUGUGUAUUUUGAGGGUCAUCAUUUGCAUGCUGAGAAUGCCCCUGGUAACCAGAUUGUCCCGAAAACACAGAUCCUUCAGGACUCUCUGGAAGUAUCAGUAAAGACACCGUGCAGCACAGACAGUGCUGAUACAGCCUUUAGUGAGUCGAACAGAUACGAUGGUCUCUGUGGAAAUUCUGCCAACAGGUGGGAAGUAAAUCCAGGAAAUACCGAUGAAAUAACAAAUAUUCCACAUACACAAGUGGUUGCCAUACAGGUGUCUUGGAAUAUAAGACAUCAAGAAGUCAAUACUGAGCCAUAUGAUCCUUUUGAGGCACAACAGGGAGAUAUUUUACAGAUUGAGAAGGAGUACCAGGUUUUACAAGAGCAGCUUAAGGAGGCAUGCGAAAAUUAUGAGCAGAGAAAACUCGAGGGCUCAGAAGAGACCAGGGACCUGGAAGAAAAGUUGAAAAGGAACUUAGAAGAAAACAAGAUCUCAAAGACAGAAUUAGAUUGGUUCCUUGAAGAUUUGGAAAAGGAAAUAAAAAAAUGGCAACACGAGAAAAAAGAAAUCCAAGAAAGUCUGAAAGCACUAACAAAGAAAAUGAGAAAGGUUUUAAAUGCCAGCGAGUCAUAUGCCCAGAAAAAUGAUGAAAAAGAUAAGGAACAUGAAUUACUUCUGGAUCAGUCCCUUGAAAUCAGUAAUACAUUUACAAAUGAGAAAAUGAAAGUAGAAGAAUGUAUAAAGAAAGGGAAGGAGAAUUAUGAAGAGAGUCUUCAAAGAGCUGUGGCUGCAGAGGUAUCUGUGCUUGAAAACUGGAAGGACAUGGAUGUGUACAAAUUACAGAUCAUGGACUCACAGGCAGAAGGGUAUCUUAAAAACCUGAAGCUCCUGAGCAGUGAUUCUGCAACUUACCCUGAUAUGGAGUCGGAUGUACAUUCAUGGGAAUCGUUUCUUUCUAAGGUUAGAAAAGAAAUCGUGAAAGCAAAGUCUCAGUAUGAAGAACAAAUACAGGCAGUUAAAAAUGGCUCUCAGCUCAGUGAACUUCCUAAAGUGCAGAUUCCUGAGCUUUCAUUUCCCAUCUGUAGCACAAUUCCUCCUAUGGUACUUCCAGAGUCUUCAGGUCAUGAAGAUCAUGGAACCUCCACUUCUACAAGUCAUGGGACUGGAAACCAAACAGCAGUUGCUAAGAAUUCAAGUCUGGUCUCUGCCAAUGAUGGCCCAGUGGGGGCUUCCUCUCCACCGUUAACAGGAUCGCUCUCCUGUCAGCCUGAAGUCACCCAGCUGCCAGAGUGUAAGAUCACGGGCCAGGAAACUCCGCCAAAACAAAGCCUUGUGGCUGAUCAGAAACCACCUAUUCUUCCAGGACGUGCUACCCGCUCAAGCCAGUCUCCAAAAAAGCCGUUUAAUAGUAUUAUCGAGCACCUGUCAGUGGUAUUCCCAUGUUACAACAGCACCGAGCUUGCUGGUUUUAUUAAAAAAGUGCGAAACAAGAAUAAGAACUCGCUCUCAGGAUUGAGUAUUGAUGAAAUUGUCCAAAGAGUGACAGAACACAUUCUAGAUGAACAGAAAAAGAAAAAGCCAAAUUCAAAUUCAGGAAAAGACAAGAAGUUGUCUGAGCCCAGCUCUGCUGUUUCUGUGACCAGGGCCUCCCAGGGCCCACCCUCCAUAAUUGCUGGGCCAUCGCCCAAAACCAAGGGACAGAAGACAGAAGAUAUCCCUGCAUCCGGUGCAGCUUCCUGUGAACUAUGCCGUGAGGUAUUCAAAUCCAAAAAUGUGCGUGUGCUAAAAUGUGGGCACAGGUUUCACAAAGGGUGCUUUAAGCAGUGGCUGAAAGGGCAGAGCACUUGCCCAGCCUGCCUUGAUCAGGAUCUCCUGUAAGAAGAACAGCCGGCACCUUCUGGAAGAGGUCAGCCUGCUUUUCUAGGUAGUCACAGUUCACUGAAGAGUAAUUUACUGGUUUGUUGAAUUGGAAGAGUAACAGUAUAUUACUUCUGGUAUAAAAAGCAAACAUUUGAGAUUCUUUGCACUGUGUGUCACAGUGCUAAUAAAUGGAAAUCUUUAAUACAGUUGAUAGUAAUUUCCCUGCUCUUAUUAAACACUUCGAUAAUAGCAAAUAGUGGCUAAUAAAAUUAUGUGUAGCCACAUUCCUAAAUUGUUGGGGCUUCUUACAGAGGUGCUCUCUGAGAUGGAAGGCUUCUUUUGGGAAGUGUUACGAGCACCUCAAAGCAGUACUUGAAUUUAAAGUAUUCUGACCUAUUAAAGUGCCCCAGGUUAAAAUUUUUACAAGUCAAUAUUCCUUAUAACAUGCCUACAUUUUUCCUCAAAGAUUCUGCAUUUAAAUGGGCUUAAGCAAACACAUUUUAAUAAUCUGUAGUAAAUGGUAACAUACUGGCUGAUUUAAACCAAAAGAUUUAAAUCUCCUUUUCAUGAAACACCAUGUGAUUUUGCUUUUUCAUUUCAUUGUUUUAUUCCCCCCAGUAGAAUAAAUGGCUGUUUAUAAAAGAGCUUAUUUUUCAUCACCUAAAAGAUAUAAUCUGAUUUUUGAAAAUCAAUUACAAAUACUUUCUUAUUAGUAUCAGCCAAGACUUUUUUUUGCCCUGAAAAUUGAGGCUAAAUAUUCAUCACCCCCAUGCUACAUUUGGAACUUGUUCUUUGAAUAUCUUACUCUUACUAGCCCCAUUUGUCCUUCUUCAUGAGUCAGAUGACAAAUGUUUGGGUAUCUCUGUCUAACACAUAGUAGGUGCCAUAGGGAAACAGUCACCGUCAUUUCCCUCCCUUAUCCCACCAAAGAAAGAGGCACUUGUGUAAUUAGACAAUCCUGAGGUGCCCCUGUUUCACUUGUUCCAUGUUUGACAUCUGUGUGAAGUAAUGCAUGCACUCUUGUACUGUGGUGUGAGAACAAAACUUUAACUGCAUUAGAAUCUGUUAAAAUAUUAGAUCUCUUUAGUGACUUGUAGACAGUCGUAAAUAUAGAAACAUGAAUUCUGGACACAUUCCAUUUCUCUCAGACAUCAAAAAAAUGUUUUUCUUUGUGUUCUUUGUUCCCCUGGAAGCUCACAGUCCCAAGUUCGUGAGCUAAUUUGGUCAUCUUCCUCAGCCUUGGUUCCUUGUGAGUUUUUAUGUCUUCGUGACUUAGUCCAUAGAUGCUCACUCUGUAUUUUGAGGCAGAUUCUCCUUGCAGGUCCCUGAAACACUGUCUACAUGUUCACAAUAACUGAGAACUGUAGAUAGGAAGAUAUGUAGGGACCAGUUUGUAGCAGCAGGUAUAAAGGAAAAGAAGAGCAACUGGAGAGUGAGAAAAUGUGUUUUGUACAUCAAACAAAUAUUGUGAACAUGCCUUAUACAUGUCCGGUGUAAGUUUCAAAAUAAAGAGCGUUCUAAAAUAA